UUCCAUCUUGGCACUUUUCACUUUCACACACGGUCGGUGUAGCAAGAAAAGAAGCGUGUGUUUAUGAUUGUUGCCACGAAACACAUGAUGAGAUUACUAAUUAGACACAUGAGUAACAUAACCAAUCAAAUUCUUCACUCGAACCUUCUUCCUCUGUAAUCCCUUCCCAUCUCUCAUGGCUGCUGCUACUGCUUCUUCUCUUUGCACCGUUCACUCUCCGAGUUCCCUUCCCUUCCUCACCUCAACUUCCUCGAAUCCCAAAUUCUCCAUAGCUCCCCUGUCUUCCCAAACCCGAAAACGAUGCCGUAUCAUCACCUCCGUCGCGGAGGAUCGGAAGGCGGUUGUUCCGGUGCCGGAAGACAGAGGAUCAGCCCUUCUCCGUGAACUUGAAGAGGAGGGAUCUUCUUCACCUUCCGAUAAGGAUAGCACAGAGGUUGCUCGUGAUUCUGAUAUUGUCACCAGCAGGGCCGUCAAUGCCAUCAUUGUUUUGGGGUUUGGCACUUUUGCUGUCACCAAAUUGCUCACCAUUGACCAUGAUUACUGGCAUGGUUGGACCUUUUAUGAGAUUCUAAGGUAUGCACCUGAACACAAUUGGAUUGCCUAUGAGGAAGCUCUGAAGAGAAACCCAGUUUUAGCUAAAAUGGCAAUAAGUGGGGUUGUCUACUCAAUUGGAGACUGGAUUGCUCAGUGCUAUGAAGGAAAGCCUAUUUUCGAGUUUGAUCGGACACGACUAUUCAGAUCAGGUCUUGUUGGGUUUACUCUCCAUGGAUCGCUUUCUCACUAUUACUAUCAAGUUUGUGAGGCUCUUUUUCCUUUCAAACAAUGGUGGGUCGUCCCUGCUAAAGUUGCUUUUGAUCAAACUGUGUGGGCAGCAAUUUGGAACAGCAUCUACUUUGUAGCUUUGGGCUUGUUGCGUUUCGAAUCAUUGACUAACAUAUAUGGUGAACUGAAGUCAACAUUUUGGCCCAUGCUUACUGCAGGUUGGAAGCUUUGGCCUUUUGCCCAUUUGGUUACUUAUGGUGUGAUUCCGGUGGAACAAAGGCUUCUUUGGGUGGACAGUGUGGAGCUCAUCUGGGUCACAAUACUCUCAACAUAUUCAAAUGAGAAAUCAGAAACCCGAAUAUCUGAGGCAGGAUCAGAAACAAGUUCAUCUACUUCAAACCAGAAUUCUAAGGAAUAAACGAUUUGAAAACGGGAAAAAGUCAAAAAACUAACUAGGUUCAUGGCAGUUACAAGGGUUCUUUUGGUGUCUCGAGUUAAAAUUCGAAGAAUCUAUCUAUUGAAGGUCAAAUUGAACAACCUUACAACCUUAGAAUCGCGAGUUUGUGAUUCACUGCCCAUACGGGAUACAAUUAUACAGGUCUUGUCGCGUUGAAUUUUCCAGGUUGGAGUUAUCUGAUAAGUAGAUGAUUGAUUGUAGCUUAUCAAAAAAAAAAAAAAAAAAAAAAAAAAAAAAGAUGAUUGAUUGUAUAUGUAAAUAUAUAUGAAUAAAUACAUUAUUCCACAGGUCAAGUAAAAUUAUGAUAUUUUUCUUGGGUUGUAUUCGACUCCCUCAUAUAUUCAUAAUUGCGUGUAAAGAUCAUGUAUCAACUAGUGCUGGAAAAUGUGAGCAAGCUCAUGUAAUAAGAUGUCAAUUUGCUAUAAUCUUCUGCAGCUUCUUUCCCCAGGCAUCAAAAGAUUAUUUAUUUAGCUU